AUGCCAUUCUGGUCCAGGUUCAAGACGGUUUUCAAGCCUGAUUUCGAGGAGCAAAAAUGCAAACGCAAAUAUAAUUCCGCAAGAGAAAAAUAUCGGCCAUCAGGCCAUAUGACAGCUGGAUUCUCGAACUGGCUAGAAAGCUACAACAGAGACGCACCACUGGGUAUCCUCCUCCUCCAGCGCCUGCAUCGUCUGCAACUGCUCAGGCAGCCUGACCCAGCCAAGCUCCGGCAGCAGUCUGGAGUGGACGACAAGAUCACGUUCGCGAAGGUAACUGGGGAUAUACCGCCACCAUUGUACAGCGAGCCAAACCAGGCAUUCGCCAACCUUGAAGCAGAGAUGUCCCAGCUCCGCAGCGCUUAUUGGCAGCAUCAGCUUCGCAUGCAGGAUCUAUACGCCCAGAGUUCACAGGUAAAAGACAGCAGCUACAAUGAUAUCAAGCUGUUUCUGCUAGGUCACGAGUACAAGAACCACGACGGCUAUUCAUACGCGUUCGUGGAUUCUGCGCAACAGUGCGCGAAUGCAGGCGGUUGCUGCGGACGGUCCUGUAGGUGCUGUUGGAAGGCUUUAUAUGCCAACGAAGAGAAGGAGGAUAAACCGAGCCCCGUCUAUGGUCAUUGCACUGUGGAGUGCGCUUGUUGUAUUCAGGAACGAGGUUGUUAUAUGCCUGACCUGCGCCUGCCUGCCACGGAAAUCCAGCCUUCGUUUGGAUGA